CUUGUCCCCCAUUCCUCAGUCUCUGGACCCCACCAGGGCAAGGCUCUCUCUCCCCGGCGGUUUCCUCCCUAAAUCUCCUUUCACCUGGAAUUAUGGAAAGCUUUAGGCAUCUGAAGAUCCGAGCCCGUCUGGGGCACCACGCUGCCGGGAAAAGCCCAGGCGUGACCCGGCCCUGCUCAGCGUGUGCAGGGGGUGAGAGGGUCCCUUCAUGGUUCAGUAGCUUAAUGCUUGCUGGAGAAAAACUGGGAGCAGGCAGAAAAAUAAUUUGGGGUUGGCAAAGGGGCUGGCCUGCUCUCGCUACACGCAGUUUUAUUUCCUUAAGGAAGGGGAAUGAAGGAAAAAUCCUUUGGAGCGAGGUCUGGCUGCUGGUGGGGCAGGAGGGCAGAUAGGCUCGGUGUGUCAGGCUGUGCCUCUCUCUGUGCUGGGGUCUCCGCUGGGUUUGUGCUUUCUGAUUAUGCCUGGAAAUGUACAGAAAAGCUGACAAAAGUCCCCAGCCGUCCUGCAGCCGCUGCUGGAAUGGCAGGGAAGGGUUUGCAGCUCCGCGCUGCCUGUCCCUGUAUUUAUGUAACCUUCACGUGGGAAUGAAUGAACACACACGGCGCGUCCACGCUCAGCAUUUCUGCUUUUUAUAGCUUUACCCGUCUGAAAUCUCUCUCUAUAUUCGCUACUUAUUGACAUCUGGACUCUUUUACAACUCUGCCUAUUGCUGUGAUGAUACAUAGGGUGAAAACCCCCUUUGAACCCGGGUGUUUUUCUAAGGGGCUCUCGGAGAAACCUCCCAAACUCUCCACGUGUGAUUUGCCAGGAGAAUUACUCGAGGAAGCCACUCCUGAAAAGUCUUCUUAGAUGGCCUUCAACUGCCUCGCUGGAGCUUCACCUAUUUGCAAAGCACCAGUUGCAGGCUACAGGCUCAGGGGAAAAAAAAAUAAAUACAAGUCCUAAAAGCAGCAAGGAGGGAAAAAAAAAAUCUCCUCGCCCAUUUUACAGCUCUCCCGAAGUUUUUUCUGUUAAUUGUGGUCAAAAGUUUUUGCGUGAAAAGCCUCGGCCAGUAUUAAGAGCUCUUACAUGUUGCAAAGUCAUGUGUUUCCUUUUAAGUUGAGAUUUGCUGAAUGCCAAGCACUCGAUAUAAUAAACAGCAAAUUUGUGGUAUCCUGUUGCAGUUGGGAGCCGGAGCUGGGAGCGGGGUUUGCAGAGAAGCCUCGGCACACGGGGGGAUCCCGGAGCACGGGGAGAGCCCCGCUGCCCUCGCUGGGGGCUUUUUAUUCCCGUCUGUAAAGUGAGAAUGUUUCCUCCAUUUAAAGUGAGAUGCACUGGACUGGAUAAAAAGGCCAAGUACAUUUUAUUGAUGGAUAUCGUGGCGGCUGAUGAUUGUAGGUACAAAUUCCAUAAUUCCCGGUGGAUGGUAGCCGGCAAGGCUGACCCUGAAAUGCCAAAGAGAAUGUACAUCCACCCGGACAGCCCGGCCACCGGCGAACAAUGGAUGUCCAAAGUCGUCACCUUUCACAAGCUGAAGCUCACUAACAACAUCUCUGACAAGCACGGAUUUACCAUUUUAAACUCCAUGCACAAGUACCAGCCCCGCUUCCACAUCGUCCGAGCCAACGAUAUCCUCAAGCUUCCUUACAGCACGUUCAGGACCUACGUUUUCCCGGAGACUGAAUUCAUCGCAGUGACCGCAUACCAGAAUGAUAAGAUCACGCAAUUAAAAAUAGACAACAACCCUUUUGCCAAAGGUUUUCGGGACACCGGGAAUGGAAGGAGGGAAAAGAGGAAGCAGCUGACCCUGCAGUCCAUGCGGGUGUACGACGAGAGGCAGAAGAAGGAGAAUCCCACCUCGGACGAGUCGUCCAAUGAGCAGACGGCCUUCAAGUGCUUUGCCCAGUCCUCCUGUCCUGCCGUGCCUGCCGUGGGCACCUCCAGCCUCAAAGAUCUCUGUCCCAGCGAGGGAGACAGCGAUGCAGACAGCAAAGACGAUCCCUUGCUAGAAGGCAACGAGUCGGGCAAAAUCAGCACGACCACCGCCGCCACCCCAGCGCCGGCCAGCUCCGCUGCCACCGCCGGGGACGACCCCCGGGACAAGGGCGGCAGCCCCUCCAAAAGCCACUUCUUCCCUGGGGACUCGGCAGGGAGUCGGAGCCGAGAGAGGACUGAGAAAGCCCCUCCGGACUCCCGGCACAGCCCGGCUACCAUCUCUUCCAGCACCCGGGGGGGAAGCCUGAGCGGCGAGGAACUGAAAAGCCCCCUCAGGGAUGCCCCCAAAGUAGAUGAGAACCGACUGCUGGGGAAAGAGCCCUUCACCCCCCUGACGGUGCAAACCGACAGCACGGCCCACCUGAGCCAGGGACACUUGCAGAACCUCGGCUUUCCCCCUGCCCUGGCCGGCCAGCAGUUCUUCAACCCGCUGGGGAACGGGCACCCGCUGCUGCUGCACCCCGGGCAGUUCGCCAUGGGAGGAGCCUUCUCCGGCAUGGCCGCGGGCAUGGGACCCCUCCUCGCCACCGUCUCCGGGGCGUCCGCCGGGGUCUCGGGACUGGACAACACGGUCAUGGCCACGGCGGCGGCCCAGGGACUCUCGGGAGCAUCGGCGGCUGCUUUGCCUUUCCAUCUGCAGCAGCACGUCCUGGCUUCACAGGGCCUGGCCAUGUCUCCCUUCGGCAGCCUCUUCCCCUACCCCUACACCUACAUGGCUGCGGCGGCCGCCGCCUCCAGCGCCGCUUCCAGCUCCGUGCACCGGCACCCGUUCCUGAGCGCCGUGCGGCCGCGGCUCCGCUACAGCCCCUACCCGCUGCCCGUGCCCCUGGCGGACGGCAGCAGCCUCCUCACCACCGCCCUGCCCGGCCUGGCCGCCGGCUCCGGAGAGGGCAAGGCGAGCGGGCUGAGCGCCAGCCCCGGCUCCGUGGCCCUGGACUCCGCCUCGGACCUCACCAGCCGCUCCUCCACCCUCUCGUCCGGCUCCGUGUCGCUGUCCCCCAAGCUGGGCGCGGACAAGGAGGCGGCCACCAGCGAACUGCAGAACAUCCAGCGCCUGGUCAGUGGGCUCGACCCCAAGCAGGACAGAUCCCGCAGCGGCUCCCCGUAACCCCCCGGCCUCCGGGAGCUCAUUUCAAAUCAGUCUCGCAGUGCACUUUGUUUGAAAGAAACCACAUCCUCCACCCCGCGAGUGGUUUUUUGUUUUGGUUUGUUCAUUUUACCCCCCUCUAUUUUUUUUUCUCCCUCUUUCAAUUUUUUUUUUUUUUUUAACAUAUAAAAUAUCGCGGCGUUGUGUGUGUGUUUAGCAACAAAAAGGUGGAGCAGGGAAAAGGGUCGGGGAUGGGGGAGCGCUGGGUUGGAGGCUCCUCACAAGGAGCAGGACUGGCCGGAUCAAGGCACUGGUGGGGUUUGUGGCAUCCUCUUAUUUUUUAUUUUUAUUUUUUUUUAUCAGUGUAAAAAAAAA